AUGGUGAAUCUAAACGGAGGGGUCGUUUGGUGCUACAGAGACAAUAAAUGGAUCCCGCUCCAGCUGUCAUCCAUCCGCCUCCAUGGUGUCCUCACGCAGGCCCAUUGGGCGACAAUCUCAGACUUUCUCCGCCGGGUAGCCAACAAAGAACUAAUCUUGCAAGAAAAUGGUUUUACGGAGCUCACCGAAAAGCACAAAGAACUAAUGUUCCAAGAUAUGGAAAAUAAAAAUAUAAUUAGUGAAAAUGUGAUAAAAAUUAGUGAUAAUUCUAAUGAACGUAAAGUUAGCCUAGGUCAAAUUCCAGAAGAUAAAAUUGUGGAACAGCCCCGUAGGCCGUCGAUGCCAGAAUUACGGUCCUUAGAGAAAGAUAAUUUAUUUAUUAACAAUAAUUUAUUAAAGCCUCAGACUGAUCUAAAGACUGAUAAAUUAUCUAAUGGAAAUGAUGAGAUAGUCCUAAGGUUACUCAAGAAAUACUGCAAAUACAGUAAGGAUGCUUUAGAUAACGAUAUAAUUAACGCAAUUGAGAAGAUCCCUGACGAAGAUAUUCCUAAGAAAACCAGUAGAACAGAAAUAAAAGAAGAAGAAUUUAAGCCGAGAAGAAGAAAGCUAGGGUACGUUCCUACCGAAGAAAAGAUUUAUGAAAAUCUAGAUUUUCCGUUAGAUUCUUUAGAAGAAGACAAGAACGAACAUGUUAUCCGCUGGUUAAAGCAGCAGAAUAGCCAGAUCAGUUUCGAUAGUAUUCCUACAAGAAGACAUUCCGUGGAAAUUGGAAUAUCAUCCCCUACGGAUAGCAGAAAAAGCAGUUUGAUCGAACGAAAAUCAUCUUCGUCAGGUUUCGAAUCAAGGAAGUCGAGUAUUACGACACCUUCGACUCCAGAAAGCAGAAAGUCUUCUUGGUGUGAUAGUACUUUUAAUAGCCGAAAAAGUAGUGUUGGUUCGACUAGUAGUUGUUCGGAGUGCGAGGAGGGAGAGGGUCUAACACAAUGGCAACGGUUUCUGAAGAAGCAUCUUAGUUCGAAGAAUUCGGAAAAAAGGUUAAAGAAACAACGACAGGCGUGGAGUAGAAACAGACGGAAGUUGAGUUCACCUGCUGACAUCCAAAGUUUUGAUAUCUUCAGCCAAUUAUGGUACUUCCGGAAGAUAAAACGCAUAGAGGCAGAGAAAAAAUUGUUACUUCCUGAAAACGAGCACGGAGCCUUCCUUAUCAGAGACUCUGAGAGUCGGCACAAUGACUAUUCACUAUCAGUUCGCGACGGAGACACAGUAAAACAUUAUAGGAUAAGACAAUUAGACGAAGGUGGUUUCUUCAUUGCUCGAAGAUCUACAUUCCGAACUUUACAAGAAUUAGUUGUACAUUACAGUAACGAUGCUGAUGGAUUGUGCGUCAAUCUAUGCAAGCCCUGUGUGCAGAUUGAAAAACCACAACCUGAAGGCCUUUCGCACCGAACUAGAGACCAAUGGGAAAUCGAACGAUCAUCACUUAAGUUUAUCAGAAAGUUAGGCCACGGACAGUUUGGAGAAGUAUGGGAGGGAAUGUGGAACAACACAACCGCUGUAGCAAUAAAGACCUUAAAACCAGGCACAAUGGAUCCCAAAGAUUUCCUCGCCGAGGCUCAAAUUAUGAAAAAAUUAAGGCACAGAAAGUUGAUCCAAUUGUUUGCCGUUUGUACUGUUGAGGAGCCCAUAUAUAUUAUCACUGAAUUAAUGAGAAAUGGUUCCUUGUUGGAAUAUCUCCAAGGCAAAGGAAAAUCACUCAAAUUAACCCAAUUAAUAGACAUGGCUGCUCAAAUCGCGGCAGGAAUGGCCUAUCUGGAAUCCCAGAACUAUAUUCACAGAGAUUUAGCUGCAAGAAACGUCUUGGUAGCAGAAGGAAAUGAAGUAAAAAUUGCAGAUUUCGGUCUGGCUAGACUAAUUAAAGAAGAUGAAUAUGAAGCCAGAGUAGGUGCCAGAUUCCCUAUUAAAUGGACAGCACCCGAAGCUGCAAACUAUAGUAAAUUCUCUAUUAAAUCUGAUGUUUGGUCAUUCGGUAUACUUCUCACAGAACUGGUCACAUAUGGAAGAAUACCAUAUCCAGGUAUGACGAAUGCCGAAGUCCUGCACCAAGUAGAACACGGCUACAGAAUGCCAGCUCCCCAAAGUUGUCCUCCACCAUUGUACGACAUCAUGCUCGAGUGCUGGAACCGCGAUCCUAUGCGAAGGCCUACCUUCGAAACACUUCAAUGGAAACUAGAAGAUUUCUUCACCAUGGAAGGAUCCGAAUACAAAGAAGCAUCCGCGUACUGA